AUGGAGACUCAAGACACGAUGGACAACAUUCCCCGCGUACCAUUCGAGCUGAGCGCGAGCGGCCACUGCCACCCCCAUUCAGCCCGUGUCACUCUGGGCGCGUUUACGCCCAGCCUUGUCGCAAAAGAUGUGACGCGCCUAAUGGAGCUGAGAAAAAACAAGUGCCCCGUGGAAUCCGAGGCAUUCGUCUAUAAAAACGGGGUAAGGAACAGGUUCUUGUUAGACCAGCCUGAAUCCGAAAGAGUGCUCACCAAUUCCAUCUUUGCCGCCCCAGCUCCCAUCUUUGGCCGUGACUCGAAUACACUUGUCGCACGUGAUUCCACUCAACAAUUACACCUCCAUGCUCGUAGUGAGAGCUCGUAUGGAGUCGACUUGGAUAUGAUGGAGAAGCGAGACCUCGCCGACGAAGAAUCCUUCCUAGAGCUCGUCGCUCGCUCUCCAGAACCCGAACCCGAACCUCUCCCUGAGCCAUUCCCCAUUGAAGGCGGAUUGGACAAUGUGGAGGAGCGUAGGUGGCUCGGUGCCCUCUUCAAGAUUGGCAAGGCUAUUGCCAAAGGUGUCAAGGCCGCCAAAAACGCACACCACGCCAAGCAACAUUAUAAUAACCACCGACACCACAAGAGGAGCAAGGCCGGCUGGAGGAAGUUCAAGAAUGCGUUCAAAAAAGGGUUCAAAUUUAUUAGCAACGUGAUCUUGAGACGUGAUGGUCAAGAUGCCGUUGUCGCCGCCGCUGCUCCUCUCAAGGCCCGCAGCAUUGAAGAACCCGAGCUCGAGGUCCGCUCCUUGGAAGAACCCAAACUUGAAGUCCGCUCCGUAGAGCCUGAACUUGAAACUCGUGAUGUUGACGAGGUUGUCGAGUUGGAAGCCCGUGACGUUGAAGAGCCAAUGGAACUUGAGGCUCGUGACGUCGAAGAGGAGCUACAAGCUCGUGACUUUGACGAGGAACUCGAAGCUCGCGAUUUUGACGAUGUUGAACUUGAAGCUCGUGAUGUUGAAGAACCCAUGGAACUUGAAGCUCGCGAUUUCGAUGAACUCGAGACCCGUGACAUUGAAGAGGAAGAGUUUUAA